AUAGAGCUGUCACUGUCAACCACAUAAAAAUGUCAAUUCCGUUCUGUGGUGUCGUAUUUGUGUGAUUAAAUGUAAUUUUAAAAUAAUUAAAAACUACUGACAAUAUAAUGUGUGACAAUGGCCUCAGUGAAAGUGGCUGUAAGGGUUCGCCCGUUCAAUCAAAGAGAAAAGGACAUGAGCGCGAAGCUGAUUGUCCAGAUGGAGGGCAAGAAAACUCGACUGCUCACAGUGAAAAACAGCAAAGAGCAAAAUGACGGUAGCCGUGAGAAAUACAAAGACUUCACGUUCGAUCACUCGUACUGGUCGUUCGACAGCGCCGACAGCCAGUAUGCUUCGCAGGAACAGGUGUUUGCAGACCUCGGGCUGGACGUGAUAGACAGCGCGUUCGAGGGCUACAACGCGUGCGUGUUCGCGUACGGACAGACCGGCAGCGGGAAGACCUUUACCAUGAUGGGCUCAAACGAGUGCCAAGGCCUCAUCCCUCGUAUAUGCAGGCAACUGUUCUCCCGAGUGGCAGCAGGGAAGGAAUCUGGUGCCUCGUAUCGCACGGAGGUCAGCUACCUGGAGAUAUACAACGAGAGGGUCAAGGAUCUGCUGGCGACUGACGCGGGACAUUCCCUCAGGGUGAGGGAGCAUCCGAAACUGGGACCGUACGUCCAGGACCUGUCCAAACAUCUGGUCUCGGACUAUGAUGACAUACAGGAGUGCAUGCACCGCGGCAACCUGCACCGCACCACAGCGUCGACGCAGAUGAACGACGUGUCGUCUCGCUCGCACGCCAUAUUCACCAUCACGUUCGUGCAGGCGAGCUACUUGCGCCACAACAACAUGCCCAGCGAGACCGUGUCGAAAGUGCACCUCGUCGAUCUGGCUGGCAGCGAGCGCGCGGACGCGACGGGCGCGACGGGGCAGCGGCUGGUGGAGGGCGCGCACAUCAACAAGUCGCUCGUCACGCUCGGCUCCGUCAUCUCCGCGCUCGCAGAGUCCAGCCAGCCCGUCGACCCUCGAACGCAAAAAGGCUCGAAGAAGAACGUGUUCAUACCGUACAGGGACUCGGUGCUGACGUGGCUGCUCAAGGACUCGCUCGGCGGCAACUCCAAGACCAUCAUGAUUGCAGCUAUUUCUCCAGCGGAUUGUAACUACGGCGAGACCUUAUCGACGCUCCGUUACGCGAACCGAGCCAAGAACAUCAUUAACAAGCCGACCAUCAACGAGGAUCCCAACGUGAAGCUCAUCAGGGAGCUGCGCGAGGAGAUCGAGAAGCUGCGCGCGCAGAUAUCUCACAAUACGGAUCCGGUGGAAAACGAGCCAGGCAUGUUGGCGACGUUGCAACGGAAAGAAGCCCAAGAGAAAGUGCUCACGGAGAAGUGGACGGAGAAGUGGCGCGAGACGCAGCAGAUCCUGCAGGAACAGAAGGCGCUCGGGCUGCGCAAGAGCGGCCUCGGCGUCGUGCUCGACUCCGACAUGCCGCACCUCGUGGGCAUCGACGACAACCUGCUCUCCACCGGCGUCACGCUCUACCACCUGAAGGAAGGCGAGACAGUGAUCGGCAGCGAGGAGCUGACUCCGACGCCGGAUAUAGUCCUGAGUGGUGCGGGCGUCCUGCCGCUGCACUGCAAGGUGACCCUGCAUGCGGGCGUGGCCACUGUGCACCCCUGCCAGGGCGCCCAGUGCUGGCUGAACACCGUGCUUAUAGACAAACCGGCUAAGCUGAGCCAAGGUUGCAUCCUUCUCCUCGGGCGCACGAACAUGUUCCGCUACAACGACCCGGCGGAGGCGGCCAAGCUGCGGCAGGAGGGCAGCGCCUCCGCCAUGAACCUGUCGCGACUGUCGCUGCUCUCCUGGUCCACCACCGACCUCGCCGCCAGCACCGAGAACCUCAACACCAGCCAGACUCUAUCUGAUUUGGAGAGUGAGAUUCGUUGCGAGCGGAUAGAGGCUCAGCGCGCGGAACUGGAGCGCGAGAGACAGCAGUUCCUUCUACAGCAGGAGGAGAGACAGCGGCGCUGGCACGCAGAGAGGGAAGAGUUACUGCAGGCGCAGAGGAAACUUGACGAGGAGCGUGAGGCGAUGGAGCGCGAGUACGCGGCGGCGUGCCGGCGCCUGUCGGGCGACUGGCGCGCGCUGGAGCGCGGCUGGACCAACCGCCGCCGCGCGCUGCGCUGUCGCCAGAGAGAACUCGCCGCGCGCACGCACCGCCUGCGGGCGCUCAGCGACACGCACCGCGGAUGCGCGGAGACGGAAGAGGGUCGCGUGGCGGAACUGCGCACGCAAGUGGACUCCAAAAAGUCGCAGAUCGAGGAGUACGCGAAGAACACCAUCGCGCAGUUGGUGGAGAGCGGCUGCAAGCUCGAGAGCUCGACGACAUCAAGUCCGGACAGCCCAGGGUCGGAGACCAGCACCGAGAGCCUGAUGCAUCUGUUGCGGCAGUGCGAGCCGGAGACCGCCACCGGCAUCAAGGAGACCGUCGACAGGCAUAAAAAGGAGUUAGUUGAGCUAGAAGAAGAGCUCCAGAGCCGAGUGAAGUCAGUAGCGUCACACCGCGUCAAGAUCGAACGGCUGCAGGCGGAGCUGGCGCUACUGGGCACGCAGGACCUGGGGCUCAGACAUGCGCUGGCUUCGGAUCUCAGCCCCUCUGCUGUUAGGGAGGGCGACGGCGAGGUGUCUCCCGUGGAGGGUGUGAAGCGCAGCAAGUCCGAGCUGGUGCUGCGCCGGACUCCGCGCGAGGACGUGCUCGACCCGCUCUCCGCCGACGAGAGGGAGGAGUACCGCAACAAGAGAAUGAAUCUGAGCCUAAGCCUGGACCCGCUGGAAUCCCCUAACACAGGCAACGCCGAAGACACCUUCCACACAGCCACAUCAGGGUCUCCCAAGUCGUUCCCGACCGAGGAGCCACCGUCACCGCCCACGCCGACCGACCAGCCGCUACCGCUGCCCGCGUUCAGACUGGGUCCGGUGCCUGACGACAGCGAUGAUAUGUCCAGCACUGAGGAUUAUCAUAAGCCGAGGGUGGUGGAAGGGCAGUCUUCCAGCUCGAUGGACCGGUCGCCUGAAGAGAGGCACCAGAGAGCCAAGUACCGACGGCGGAUAGCAGGCGAAGGCAAGUCGGGUCGGCGGCAGGUGACGGAGGCGGAAGCACUGCGCGCCAUGCAGCGGCUGUGCUCGCGCAUCGCCGCGCAGAAGAUGCUCGUCAUCUCCUCGCUCGAGAACGACUGCUCCAAGGAGGAGCUCAACCGACAGAUCGCGGUUCUCCAAGAGCUGCAAAAGAAAUACGUCCGGCUAGAGAUGGCGCUGCAGUACUCGUUCUUCGACAACCAGCCGAACAAGCGCACGAUGAUGGUCACUCCCAUCCAGGAGACGCCGUCGCUGACGCUGUCCGAGAGCGACAUGCAGGUCACCACCGAGGACAGCAACCACACCGAGAAUGGACAUGUCGUCGACCCGUUGUUGCAAAGGUUAAAAGAGCAAGAGAUAGAAGCGUCUGACAAUGUCUCCACGUCGAACGACGAGUUGUCGUCGGAGCACCCCGAGGCGUGGGACGAUCCGCUGCGGUCCAGGAACUCUCUGGAGAACUCCAGAAACCAUCUGGACGGCCCGCCGGGACUCAUCGAGGUACCUUUGCCGGAUCCUACGAUGUCACCAGGGUUAAUGCAUCCAAUAGAUUUCAACGAAGUAGUAAGCAUCCCGGGCUGGGUGACGCGCGGCGCGGGCGCGUCCACGCACCACGAGUACGAGGUGCGCAUCUGCCUCGGCGACCACUGCCGCUGGCUGCUCCUGCGCAGGUACCGGCGCUUCCGCGAUCUGUACCUCACCAUGCGCAGGACCUAUGGGCCUAAGGUGGCGUCGAUCCCGUUCCCGGCGCGCACGCUGUGGUCGUCGGAGGCGGUGGCGCGCGCGCGGCGGCCGGCGCUGGAGUCGUUCCUGCGGCGCCUGCUCACCGUGUGCUCGGCCGACCGCCGCUGUCCCUUCCACCGCGCGCCGCUCACCAAGGACACGCUCGUCGAGUUCUCGCCCUUCUUCAGAAAGGGCGUGUUCGAGAGCGGCAAGUGCGGCACGGGAUGAUGUCGGUGGGAGGUCGCCACGUGGCGCGCGGCGCGGGCGCUGCAGCGCUCGGCGCGGCGGCUGCUGCGCGCGCUGUGCUGCGCCGCGCUGCUGCUGUGCCGCUGUCUCGCGCUGCUGCUGCUGCUCCUCUACCUGUGCGCGAGGCGGCGCCGGUAACCACCGGCGACCGCACGCAACACCCCGCUACACCACAGGUACCGCGAGUACCCCACUCAUACAAACUUAGUACCUCAACACAAACAGACAAUCUCGAUAACUUAAAAGUCUCAAAGGAAUCCUUCAAAAUUUGGAACUAAACUAAACAGGUAUCCCGAGACUAUUUUAAGAGUACCUUUAAGAAUUCGAAUAGUCGAAUAACGACUAUCUGUUCAGAAACGAAGGUACUAGUACCCAACCAGGUACUCUCACAAAAGUAAGCACUACCUUACAGAUGAAAGAUCAAUAACCACAGAACGGUCUUGAAAAAAAGUCCUCCAGAAUCCUGAAAAAAGAAAUGGCUCGAAUAUUUCACAUCAAUGACAACCGAAGGUACUAGUACUCUAACAGCUACCUCAACUAGAGAAUUAACUCGAAGACCCUUAAAGAACACUACGGGUAACAUCUGGGCUCAAAUUUUUAUAUCAAAGGUUCUCAUCACCACUCAAAGCCAAGUUUGACGCAACGGCCGCUACUUAACAAUCUUGACCUGUAUCACCUUGUAAUAAGGUUAACAGUCGCAGUACAAGCUGGAGUUAAUCUUAAAUGUUGAUCGUAAGGCCGUAGAGUAUUUAUGUAGUUCUAUUGAGGUACCAAUAUGCCUACUUGUGUUGGACAAUAUUGUCUAUAUAGGUGUAAUAUAUGAAAGUAAUAUGACCGGUGAAAAAAAAAUUAUAGCUGAAACUUUUACUAAAAUCUGUUGAAGCAUGACUUGAUAUGUUAAUUUCUAUUGCCGAAGUAACUUCGCGGAGAAGUAUGUUAUGUAUUCUUUUAAAAAAUAUAUAUUUUUUUUUAAAACAGCAUUAUAAUAUGCUUCAGACGAAAUUACAAUAGUUUUAAAUUUUUUUCAAACCAUCUCAAAAUGUCAUGUUGAGUUUAAAUCUAGUCGGUCAUAUUACAACCGUUCAACUAUACACUGUAUAUCAUCAAGCUCAAGGGGUAUAUAGCGGGGUGGGCAGGGGUAUAGCAGCAAAGCGCGGGUAACACGGGUGCCUUUACUAGUUUAUUUACAUCGUUGGAUCGUCCUUAGUUACACCGACACGUCACACGAACCUUAACGAUCGUUACGCAUAUGACGCGGAGUGGUUGUCUUUGUGUGUCUAAAAUUUGGGUCUUUGGAAAGCACUGUAAAAAAAAUUAUCUAUAUACCAGUUCUUGAAAAUGGAAAUAAAAUUAUCUUUUUUUUUUCUAAUACUGGCCAAAAGACAUAGCCAAAGUUUUGGUAUAGACAAUAAUUGAAAAAAAUCGAAUGGAUUUGGAGUGUUUUUUUGUUAAUCUAAAUUAUAGACACACAAAGCAUAUCAGUCAUAUUAUAUAUCAUGACAUAGAUGGCUUUGAAGGUAUUGGUAUUUGGGAGGCAAAGGAAUAACGGCAGAAAAUAAUUAACCGUGUAUAUUUCAAAUCGGUUGACAUGUAAUAAUUAUAAAAAAAAUAUGCAUUGUAAUAUUUAAAGUAGUAAAAGACUAUUACAUUUUUUUUUAUGAAUAUUAAAUACCAGCCAGUACUCAAGCAUUUUUCUUACAGUUGGUUAAUUGUCAUAUUGUCUUUGCCCAAUACCUUCAAACAGCCGUAUCGUUAACAAAUACAUAGUAUUUAAUGUUAUUUUUAACGUAUUUUUUUCCUCUUCUCCACCCUAUAGGGUGCGUUUUAAAAUAUUUCGUUUUACGUUCAAAUAAAGUUACGAUGUAUGUCUGUAUAUUUUGUGCAAUGGUUAAUUUAAGGCUUGUAUUUAAGGGCUUCCCUUUGGUUUACGUGAUUAUUUGAGGACAUCCGGUUAUGUUUGGUCAUGUUGGAGUUUUAGGGGAUUAUUUGGCUCUAUGGAAAGAUGAUAACAUUCUUGUGAAUUUAAAAUAACAGGAAUACUUCGUUAUAUAUUAACGCAAUAGAAUUUUAAAUAAUACAUAGUAGGAUGAGAUAUAGAACUCAAGUAUCAAUGUUAUAGAUCUGUGUCAUAGACAAUUUUGCUAUGAUCUUCAUCAGAUCCCCUGAACAUUCAACUCUACAUCGCAUGAAGCACCCAAAGUGUGAAUCUAUAGUCUAUUUUUGCACGUGGCGAACUCUAUAAAAUCUCUUUAGUUAGAGAAAAAAAAAUGUUUUAUAGUUAGUAUCAAUUAAAAUAAUAAAUAAGUAAAUGUUAUUUAAACUAGUAAGAAUUCAUUAUUGAUGUGAAAUUGUCUGAAUAUGCCUUUACAGCGUUUUGGAAGUCUAAAUGUUUUUUUUUUUUUCUAUAUGAUUUUCAUUAUUUUUCAGAAAAUUUAUUCUAAAGUUUUAAAAACUUUAUUCAAAUUUUUAGUAUUUUUUUGUAAAUGAAUUGAAAGGAAUGGUAUAUUUUUUGUUUUUAUAAAAUCUUAAUAAUGUUGUGUUGUACAGGCAUAUUCAGAUAGUAUAAAUAAUAAAUAAUCUCUGCAUAUGAUAUGCGUUAAAACGACUCUUUCCGGUUGGAAUUACCGAUUAAAUAAUAAUAAGUCUUGUAUACAAUAUUGAUGUAAGUUAGGAAAAAAUAAUUGAUCACUUCCAAAAAUUACAAACUUUUAUUGGCAAUCACCAUUUUUAUAAUAUUUAAAAGCUUUACAGGCUGCUUGCAACCGGAAUAUUCCCGUUUUCCGGUAUAACCGGAAAGAGUUUUUAAUAAUAUGUGACUAAUCCGUGUACAAUAUUAACGCACUGUUUUUAUUUAUUUUUGCAAUUUAAUAUUUUUUCUAUAAUUUUUAUCACAAUUAACUUUAGGUUUGAUAAGUAUAUGUUUAGUAGAAAGUUUCUAAACAUCCAAAGAGAAGAUAUAUGGAUUGUGAAGUAUUCAAACUUGUUGCGGUAGCUUUGGUCAAAAAACAGUAUUUGUACAGACGAAAAAUAUAUUUGUUCUCUCCUAUACAAACUGUGCAAGAAAUUAAAUUAUUAUUUUUUUUUUAUAAAAAAUAGUUAAUAGUAAUUUUGCGGUGUAGAAAAAUUUAUUUAUAUAUAAAGUUUAAACACAUGGCAUUACAAGUUAUGUAAUUGACCGAGAAUUCGAAGUCGAAACAUAAAUUUUCAUCAAAAAUGUUGAUUGGUUUCUUAAAAAAAGGUGCUAAAUUCAUAAAAAUUCGAUGUAACUUAUUGCUAACAAAUGGAUUUAAGGCCUCUAAUUAUUUGUUUUUUUCUAAUAUUCUUAUUAAAAAUGGAGAAUAAAUUUGCAACGAAAAAAUUUGGAGCGGUUAAGGUCCCAAUUUAGUAAUAAAUGAAAGAGUACACAAUAAUUCGUGUAAUCCACGUGAAUUUUAACAAAACUAAUCUUAAGUUUAUCGGGAAGUGACAUUUCUUGCGAAAGGUAUUCUUUCGAAAAAUAUUUGAGAGUGAAAUUUAAUUCUGAUCAUAUAAAAUGGUUCUUUAGUGAUUUCUUAUGUGGACGCGAAUGUUAGACAUUAAAAUUAAACUAUUUUUCGAAUUUUAUCGCGGUGUUUAUAUUUUAAUUUACAGCUUUCGUGGUCACGGCGGAGUUUCCCCCGAAAUCCGAAAAAUAGUUUAAUUUGAAUGGUUCUGAUUUUUGCAAUAAUCUUUUUUUGUUUAUAUUUUGAUUUAUAAUUGUUUCUUAACAAUGUUUAAUAACGAUUACCUUCGACGGCAUCACUAGAGUUAAAAACUGCCUAAAAAAUUUAGGGACUUAUAAGGUAACGCCACGACUUAACCCCGAUACGCGACAAAAGACGGUGUGAGUUAACAUAGAAGUAAAAUCUAACACAACGGCCUCGCGGGUCGCAAACGAUAUCACAAAAGACAAAUAUAUUUUUAUAUGUGGAAAAGGUUGUGAGUAAUUUAGUUGUCUUUUCCCUUUGCCUGGAAAUGAGUUGAGAAUUUGACACUAAUUUGCUCUUGAAGUGAACAUGAUAUUUCUUUAGAUAAUAUCUGACGUGUUUGGGUUUUUUGUUUAUAACUUGUUGAUUUUAAUACGUUAUUUGUAUAUUUUGGAUUGAGAUUUGUUGUUUUUGACGGAUUGAAUAUUUUCUUUGCUUGAUAGUGAUAUUUCGGCCACAGUCACAAAUCAAUAUAGAAUAUUAUUUUAAUUCUGACAGAUUUGCUGUGAGAUAAGUACUUGAUCACAGCUUCAGACAAGCUAGCUUUCUUUAUAAAUUAGCAUAUCAAAGCCAAUAAUAAAAGAAAUAAACAUAAAACAUGACCGAUAGAAUGCAUAUUUCUUUGAAAUUAGAAUACAGCUAGAAAAGUUAUCACUUAAAUCAAUCUAUUUUAUAAUCAAACAAAUACAGGGUGUGUUAACUGUGUGACGUGAAGAGAUUUCUAUUUUUCAUAUUUCUUAACAGUAGUUCUGAUUCAAGAAUGCUUCCCUGGCUGCUUAUUUUCUAGCUGACGCGACGGCACUGCCUCAAUGAGCUUUCCAAAUCACCGAAAGCCAUAACGCAUGCGUGCUGGCUCGCUCACGGCUUGUGACAUGCUGUAUAUCAAUAAAACAUAUCGAUAUAUGUGCUAAUACCAAUUGUAUACAUAUACUUGUAAUCGGAUGUUCGUAUUGUGAGACAAAAAGGGACUGGAUUAGUGAUAAAAAUAUUGCUAUUUCAUUUUCAUGUAUUAUAAGUUGAUUUCACUUGAUGCGCUAUGGAAUACUGAAAAAACAAAAAAAUUGAUAUUUGAAAUGGCUGCUAUAGAAACGAUGGUAAUGUAACUUUGAAGUGAAUGGAAUGUCGUCCCUGAAUCUAUAUUAUUGAUAACCGCCAACGCUUUGUAUGAGUGUUUGACACCUGUGUGUGUCAAUUAUGUCAAACGGAUAUGUAUGUGUUCGUAACGUCUCGCAUUGUCUAUUUAAAUCGGCACUAAAUGUAUUUUAUAUUGAGAUAGCUAUAUUGAUUUAUUGUACUCAAUUUUCCGGUUGGUAAAAAAAACGGAAUUUCCCGGAAAAUUGGUAGCAUUAAAUAUAUUAUAAUAAAAAUUAAAUUCAAUAUUUCUCAAUAGAGAUAAGACUUAUAGAAAAUUUAUGAUUAUAAAAAAAUGUAUUUACAUAAACUUCCCCAUGAAAUACGGCCUUGUAGAAUCCAUACUAUAUUCAUGUAUGUAUAGGGAUUUGGUGUUAGAAGAGUACAGAUGUAUUGCCUCGCGUGAGACGAAGAGAUAUAUGCACGUUUGGUGAUUUAAAAAUGUAUUUUUAGUACAAAUAAACGUGGAAAGUUAGGGAGUGUAGCUGUUUUAUCGACAAUAUAACCCGACCAAUGUAGAUAGCACCUGGAGAUAUGAGAUAUUAGUAUGUUUAGGUAUUUCUGUCUUUAUGAAGUGUUACUAUAUUGCAUGUAUUUAUAGUGUAUGUGAGGAAAUAUUUCUGGUUGUAAUGAUUGAGUGUAAAAUUUGAUUUUCGUUUGUUAUUAAUUUUAUUAUUACUCUUUGGAAUUAAUUAAAGUAAUAAAUAUUCUUAUGACUUUAAGGGUUAAUUAUUCAUUUAUAUUUGUUUAUAUUUUAUAGUCCUAAACCAUUUUCCAAACUAAAAUUAUUUAUACUUGAUUUAUUUCUUCACAUCACGUCUUCGCAGUUACACCAAAUUCUCUAAUUUAUAAUAAGUAUAAGUAAUUUCUGAUCAAAUUGCAGAUGUAGUGAUCAAUGACGUCACAUUGGGCCUAUUUUUACAUUUGUCAAUUUAGAACGAAUGAAACACGACAUUUUGUUUCUAAUGUACCGUCAUAUGAAACUUAAUUUGAAAUAGCAAGUUCUCUUAGCAAUAUAUUGCGCAGGAAUUUCCAGAGGCGUUUACACUAGUGGCAAUAUUUCAAUUAUUCUAUGCACAUAAAUCUUCUCGAAAGUCCGGCAGACUUCAAAUUAUGCAGUAGUCAGCAUGCCGUAACUGUUACACAGUACAAAUUCGCCUCGAGGAAAAUAACUUUUGCGAGUUUGUGUUUGCAAUGUUGCUAAAAAAUGUUCCAUCGUUGCUCAAUUUGCUCGGCUUCUAUUUAUAUUAACGCGUGUCAAUUUUUACCGAACAGAUGGCGUAAUAUGAUUGAUGUAUAGCCGCUAUUUGACAUGGUCGUAGUUCCGGGUCACUGGUUAUAUCAAAAACGUAAUUUAGGAAUGUAAAGACUAUGUAUUAAUAUUUACCAUUCCACAUUCAGGGUACGUAAAAAAAUCUCAACAUCAAUGCGCUUAUUUUUCAAUAAAUCUAUCGAUCAGUCUUUAUCGAAAUUGACUGAACAAAAGUUUUUUUCCGAAAGGUUUCUUUUUUCGCUUCUUUGGUAUAAAUCAAAAUGUCGUGUUUCAUGAAGGUCUGAACCUAAAAUAAUUUAUAAAAUUCAUAUUGCUACUGUAAGGUAUUCAGCUUAUUUAAGCUAUUAUUACGAAUUUAUAAAGUGGUGACUUGUUCUCGAACACUUGUAAGACACCAGUAAUAUAAUAAAUGAAAAUGAACGCAGCGCAAAACCGCUCGUUGUUUUUGUUUCUAAAUAGACCAAAAUGUUUUCCGAAGCAAAAUGGGUAGGGUCAAUAAUUGAGUACUGAGUUACUAAUUUAUUAGCUAAGUAAAUAUUUUGUCUAAUUAUUGACGCGAAAGUCUGUUUUAAACUGAUAAAAGCUAUAAAAAUGUAAAAUUCAAAGUAAUUUAUAUUUUUGCUUCUCAUUUUACUUCAUGGUCGAAUAAAAUGGUUGAAUUUGCGAGUGACAUUGCCUCUAAUGGCAGCAAAGUGUUGAUGGUUUUGGACUCCACUAUAUUUUUAGUCCAGUAUAAUAUGAAAUAAAUACAAAUGUCCUUGUCAAGUUCUAUUGAGAAUAAGCCACCACUAUACCUGUUGCAAAUGUGAGUAUAUUUGAAUGAUUUUUCCAAUUGAGAGAAUUAAAAUAAUAAAUAGAAAAAAAAAAUGUUAACCAGCAUAAUGUAUGUAACAAAGAGUAAUUUUGUUAAGGAGAACAUUAAAAUGCGGAAUGUUUUA